CUUGAGUGUAUUUUUGUCAUUUAAAAAAAUGUACGAUGUUUUUACCAAACAGGUUGUCCAGUGACCAAACUUAGAUGGAUUCCCUAAUUGUUAUUAGAAAUUAUAAUAAUUUGUAAGCUUCUGCUUAGGCGAUCUUGAGCACAGCCAUGGCCGUCCCCAUGGUUCUCAAGUAUUCUUUCCUCCUUCUUCUUCUUCUACCUCUGCAUUUUUCCUCAGUCUUCACUAAAAGCUUACAUCUCAACAACUAUCCCAUCACUUCUACGGCGUCGUUUUGCAAGUCCAACCCCUACCCUGAAGCUUGUUUACACUCAAUGAAACUCUCCAUUUCCAUUAACAUAACCCCAAAUAUAUUGGAUUUUCUUCUCCAGACAAUCCAGGAUGCGUUGACCAAGGCUGACCACCUCUCCGAUCUGUUUUCCGCCGCCGCCGCCGGCAACAAUAUCGUCGAGAAACAGAGGGGGACGGUUCAAGACUGCAGGGACCUCCACGAAAUUACGGUCUUGUCCCUGAAAAAGUCAAUUGCCAAGAUAAAAUCCGAUAAGAUCGCGGACGCGAAGGCGCAUCUUAGCGCGGCGGUGACGAACAGAGCCACCUGCUUGGAAGGGCUGGAAACGGCGGCGGGUCCCAUGAAAGAAACGCUGGUGGUUGCCAUAAAGGACACAUACGAGGAUGUCAGCAAUGCCCUGUCGGCGCUCCCUCAAUCUGGCGGCGGUGAUGGGCGGCGGCGGCGGCGGUUGAUGUCCACGGAUUUCCCGGGAUGGGUUUCGAAGAAGGACCGACGCAUCUUGCAGCAGGACGAUGACUAUGUUGACUACGACGACCAUUGGGAGACGACGCUGACGGUGGCUGCUGACGGGACAGGAAACUUUACCACCGUCACAGACGCCGUUAAUUUUGCCCCUAAUAACAGCGCUGUGAGAAUAUACAUCUACGUGAGACAAGGGGUUUAUCAAGAAAAUGUGGAGAUCCCGAAGUGGAAGCCUAACAUUGUUAUGCUAGGAGAUGGUCGUAAAGUCACCGUUAUCACCGGUAACAGAAGUGUCGUCGAUGGUUGGACAACAUUCCGAUCUGCCACCGUUGAAAAACAAAAGAAGAUGAAAACAGUGGACAGAGGAGAAUGAAGAGGAGUAGAAGAAGAAGAAGGAAGAAGAAGAAGAAUAAAGAAGAAAAGGAUGUGGAGGAGCAGUAACCUGGUGCGGCGGAGAAGCAUCGAUGAUUGGUAGCGGCGGUUUUGGAGUUGAGACAGGGCACCGAACGACGAAGAUGGAGAUGAACUUCUGAGCUGUGAAUGUUUAACUGACGGAAGAAAAGAAAUCUCAGGAAGCCAACGUGAAUUGAUUUGGGGUUUUAAUAAAUAGGUGAAGGGUAAAAGUGGAAAGUUAAAAUCAAGUUUACUGAAAUAUAACUAAAUAGGUUGUACGCACGGAAGAAAUUUAAGUAGGUCCUAUUUUUGUAAAAUUGAUAUGAAUGGAUCCUACUUGGAGCAUUUUUCUCUAUUUAUUUUCAUUUGUUAUUUAUAACGUUGAGGAUUAAUUCACCUAAUGGGUCAAACUAUGACUGACUUUUUGCUUAAACUAACAGCGGUUUCUGGCGGCGGUUUCUUGGCUCGCGACAUCACCUUCGAGAACACGGCGGGGCCGGGGAAGCACCAAGCCGUCGCCCUCCGGCUCAACUCCGACUUAGCCGCCGUGUACAAGUGCACCAUAGCAGGUUUCCAAGACUCUCUUUACGUCCACUCCUUCCGCCAGUUCUACCGCGAGUGCGACAUCUACGGCACCAUCGAUUUCAUCUUCGGCAACGCAGCCGCCGCCUUCCAAGGCUGCAACAUCGUCUCGAGAAUGCCGCUGCCCGGCCAGUUCACCGUCAUCGCCGCCCAGUCCCGAGAUAGCCCUUUCGAGGCCACGGGGAUCUCCAUACAGAACUGCUCGAUCUUGGCGACUAGCGAGUUGCUCGCUAAUUCCGACGCCGUCAAGAGUUUCGUUGGCCGGCCGUGGAAAAACUAUUCCGUCACGGUGGUCAUGGACUCGUACAUUGAUGGGUUCAUAGAACCGGAAGGGUGGACACGGUGGCUGGGCGAUCAAGGACUGGACACUUUGUAUUAUGGGGAGUAUCAGAACAGCGGGCCGGGUUCGGGUACGGAUAAUCGGGUGGAUUGGGCGGGUUAUCAUGUUAUGGGCUAUGAUGAUGCGUGGAAUUACACUGUGUCGGAGUUCAUCACAGGAGAUGAAUGGUUAGAUUCUACUUCCUUCCCUUAUGAUGAGGGGGUUUGAUUUUGUUUAAGGUUAACGCGCACGGGUUUGAUUUUAUUUUAUAGGACAAAAUAGAGUCCUAUAAUCCUGUCUUAUACACACACACAUAUAUGUAUUACUAAUUGUCCUAUAUAGGACUAAAACAAGGUUGAAAUGCAAAAAUAAGACUUGUUAUGUUUUCUUCCCUUAAUAAGACCAAUUUACUCCUAUUCUUAAACAUACGAAAAUUGACAUCUCAAUUUUGCCCCUCCACCCAUUUACCCUCCCUUUUCUCCUUUUCCCUUUGUAAUCCGUCAAUUCCUUCUCCACCAAAGCAGAGUUAACUGCAUCUAAUCAUCUCCGAGGCAUAUGCGCCAGCGAGACAAGCAGCAAACGACGGUGAGGGUGGUGGCGGGAGCCACCACAGAGGGCGGUGGCAGGCGCCACCAUCACGGGCGAUGGCGGGGGACGGCGGCGGGCGGCACCAGCUAGGGCGGCGGCGGGUGGCAACAUCGUCGAGGGUGGCUGAACUGCUAUAUGAAAUUUUAGGGUUUCAACAAAUUGUAAUUUUACAUUUUGAAAUUUAAAUUCAAAUAAAAACUGAAUGAGGGCAUUUUUGUACAAAUAAGUGAUUUAGGUCCUACGAAACAUAGAUUUGUUUUUCGGUCCUAUUUGUGCACACAUAACUUCUUUUAGUCCUAAACAGGUAAUUAACUCUAUAUGUAUCUAAUACAGUCCUACUUCGUAUUUUUUACAAUAAAAGGAAAUUGACAUUGGUUGUCAAAUAUUUUCAUUUGGA